AUGGAAUUGAACCACAUCAGCGUCUUCGCUAGGAAAAUUGCUGUUUUCGAGUGGAACACAAUAGUUGGGCACCUCCAGCAUGCCGACAUUGUGACUGAUAAGCUGAAUCUAUAUGGCUGUGUAUCAAAGGCGCGACUUGUGAUCUCAGCCAAAGCUUUCAAAUUACCCGUCGACGAGACAGGCAAGGCCAGGGUUACCACCGAGGGACUCGAAUCUUUGGGCAUGUCUAAAUUUCUAGUCUAUUGUCUGCAGAAGGCGAGUACAUCGCCCACUUAUACUUGGAUUGGGACUACCAAUCUUGCUUUCAUGAUGAGACUGGAUAUUCCCGAGGCCCGAUCGGUCAAUUAUCGAUGGACCACUCUCGAUCAGCCGUUUAUGCUCCGUAGCUACAACAUUGACGAUCAAGAGGUAAUGCUAGGCAUUCUUGUUCGACCGGUCAUGGGAACAGAAGGCGAGUAUGAGAGAAUUGGGCUGUGGUACUCCGAAAAUAAAGGACUUGGCGGCAAGAAGUUCUGGGACAACAUUGCACCGCGGAAUUUGAUACUCGUUUAG